AUGAAACAAUUAUCUGAAGGACAAAUAAGGUUUUGUGUUAUUCACCCAAUACAUCUCUCAUCAUGGCUGCACAUAUUUUUUAUUUUGAAGUCUAUCUCUUCUCUAAAACCUGCCAGACUUCCAGUUUAUCAAAGGAAACCUUUUAUAGCCACGUGGAAUGCUCCCACAAAUCAGUGUUUGAUAAAAUAUAAUUUAAGACUAAAUUUGAAAAUGUUUCAGGUGAUUGGAAGCCCAUUGGCCAAGGCCAGGGGACAAAAUGUCACCAUAUUUUAUGUCAACAGAUUGGGAUACUAUCCCUGGUAUACAUCACAGGGAUUCCCCAUGAAUGGGGGUCUCCCCCAGAACACAAGUUUGCAAGGACAUCUGGAAAAAGCUGACCAAGAUAUUACUUAUUACAUCCCUGCUGAAGAUUUCAGUGGACUUGCUGUUAUAGACUGGGAAUAUUGGCGACCACAGUGGGCACGGAACUGGAACACAAAAGAUGUCUAUCGACAGAAGUCAAGAAAGCUGAUUUCUGAUAUGAAAAAGAAUGUAUCAGCUACUGACAUUGAAUAUUUAGCCAAAUCAACUUUCGAAGAAAGCGCAAAAGCUUUCAUGAAGGAAACCAUUAAACUGGGAAUUAAGAGCUGACCCAAUGGACUUUGGGGUUUUUAUUUAUAUCCUGAUUGCCACAAUUAUAAUGUCUAUGCCCCAAACUAUACUGGGUCAUGCCCAGAAGAGGAGGUUCUGAGAAACAAUGAGCUCUGUUGGCUCUGGAACAGUAGUGCUGCUUUAUAUCCUUCUAUUGGUGUCAGGAAAUCCCUUGCAGAUAGUGAAAACAUUUUGCGCUUCUCUCAAUUUCGGGUGUAUGAAUCCAUGAGGAUCUCCGUCAUGACAUCCCACGAUUACGCUCUGCCCGUAUUUGUCUACACAAGGCUAGGGUACGGAGACGAACCUUUAUUUUUCUUUCUCAGCCUUGGAAUCAAAAUGGCACAAACCCAUGAGAGUCACUGCAGUGGCAAAGUUCCUCAGGGGUAUGUUUCUGAAUGGAACAGGAACCUAAGAGGAUUGCCUUUGGAGAAGGAAAACUUUUGGCAAGAUCUAAUUAGUACCAUUGGAGAAAGUGCUGCCUUGGGAGCCGCAGGCAUUGUGAUUUGGGGAGACAUGAAUUUAACUUCAUCUGAGGUCAACUGUACAAAGGUGAAGCAGUUCGUGAGUUCUGAUUUAGGGAGCUUCAUAGUCAACGUGAGCAGAGCUGCUGAGGUGUGCAGCUUUCACCUCUGCAGGAAUAACGGGAGGUGCUUAAGGAAGACGUGGACAGCUCCUGAUUAUCUUCAUUUGAACCCUGCAAGUUACCACAUAGAGGCCUCUGAGGAUGGGGAAUUUAUUGUGAAAGGAAAAGCAUCUGAUACUGACCUGUCAGUGAUGGCGGAGAAAUUUUCCUGUCAUUGUUAUCAAGGAUACGAAGGGGCUGAUUGCCGAGAAAUGAGGUACUAG